AUGUCUGGCUGGGAUACUGGCAGCUCACCUGAGGCUGGCGGCGAUACCUUUGCCUGUGGCAACUGUGGUCAGUCGGACCAUAUGACCCGCCAGUGCCCCAAUGACGGCAACCAGAACAACCAGAACAACCAGAACAACCAGAACAACCAGAACAACCAGAACAACCAGAACAACCAGAACAACCAGAACAACCAGAACAACCAGAACAACCAGAACAAUACCUUCAGAGACGAGUUCAAUGAAUAUGGUGGUCAGGGCAAGAAUCGCGCUUGCUUCAAUUGCGGUCUGGAUGGUCACGGCAAGGCAGACUGCACUGAGCGCCCCAAGGCCAUGGGAGCUUGCUUCAACUGCGGCGAGCAAGGGCACUCCAAGUCCGAUUGCACUAACCCCCGUGUCUUCACUGGUACCUGCCACAUUUGCGAGAAGGAGGGUCAUCCCGCGGCUGAAUGCCCGGACCGUCCUCCCGAUGUCUGCAAGAACUGCUGCCUCGAAGGCCAUAAGACUCUUGAUUGCAAGGCUAACCGCAAGUUUGACUUGAACCUCGUUGCCGACUUGCUUCCCGAGGAGGCCUGGACUCGCAUGAAGGCUGCCAGUGACGAGAAGGAUCUUGAGGAUUUCCGUGACGCUCUUAAGAUUUAUUCCAAGGCCGUUCCCGAUGCCACUUUCCUCGAUAUUGAGAACAAGAUGCGUGAGGAUGGCUUCAACAUCUUCGUCAUUGCCUUGCAAGCCGAAGUCGACGAUGUCAUGAGUCUGAUUGACCUCCAGGGUGUUCUGGACCGCGAGUUUCAGGUGGGCUUUUAUUUCGGCCCAAAGGCUUCGCGUGGCCGCCUUCGUGGCCGCUGGCCUGAUACCCCCGAGGAAAACAUUGAACGUCUCAGCAACGCUGGCCUGCCCUACGAACGCAAGAUCCCCAAGUGCAACAACUGCGAGGAAAUGGGCCACAUCGCUAAGCACUGCAAGGUCGAGCGCGUUGAGAACUCUGGUCGUGUUGAGAUCAAGUGCAGCAACUGUGAGGAAAUUGGACAUCGUGUCCGUGAUUGCCCCCAGAAGCGCAAGCACAAGCAUGGAUGUCGCAACUGCGGUGCUGGUGAUCACCAGGCCACCGAUUGCCCCGAGCCUCGACCUGCUUCAACCAUUGAAUGCCGCAAGUGCAACGAAGUCGGCCACUUUGCGAAGGAUUGCCCUACUGGUGGAGGCCCUCGCACCUGUCGCAACUGCGGCUCCGAGGAUCACCAGGCGCGUGAAUGUACCGAGCCCCGCGAUCCUUCCUCUAUCACUUGCCGCAACUGUGAGCAACUCGGCCACUUCUCUAGUGACUGCGACCAGCCCAAGGACUGGUCCAAGGUUCAGUGCAACAACUGCGGCGAAAUGGGACACACUAUCCGUCGCUGCACCCAGCCCCCCAAGGAAUCUGGACGUGACGAUUCCGCUCACCACUCGCCCGCCGGUACUCCGGUCAUUGGUGCCUUCGCUGACGAGAGCGCUGAAUUCUCUGGCUACAAUGCUGAGGCCCUUCAGGCCACGGAUGACGGCUGGUAG